AUGGGGGUCGUGACAACCGCCCAAGGAAAGCCGCCGCUGCCAGCCGCAAAGAAGUCGGCAGAGGCUGCUCCGGCGAAGGACAAGCCAAAGGCAGAUAAGUCUGAUGCGACCGACCUGGUUGGCCGUGGCCUUCCCGCACGGCUACCAGAGAAGUCCGAGAAGUCAGAGACGCGGCGGCUCAGCCGUGAGAUUCCCUUCGCGCGGGAGGUCACCCUCUCGGGGCCUCCAAUGUCGAUAGCCUCGGCGGCCCCCGACGCGAGCGAGUCCCUGCCUUGCCGCCGCGUGCGCUAUGAGGAGGGUGAGAAGGGUGACGCGGGAGAUGUCGCGACACACAGCUGGCCGCUGGCGAUGACGCGGGAGGACCGGGACGACCAGAAGCGUAUCACGAUGUUCUUCCUGGACCCGGCCCAGCUCUUGGAAGACAUCCGCAGCCAGGGCAAGAAAAAGGAGCCCGACGAAGAGGACGAGGAGGAGGCAGCUGCGGACGACUCCAAAGCACCGUCCGUGGCAGCUACGGCUUCUGCACCGCCCAUGCGCGAGGAUGCCACGCCCAGUGCGAAGGAGGAAGAGGCCGACGCGAGCUAUUCAUGGGCCACCGGUCGUGGGAACUUUCCGCAGUACGCAGUAUCUGCGCAUGCCGCACCUUUCUACUUCUCGGACAAGCUCGCAUGGCAGUGGCAUCAUCCGCUCGGAAGAUUUGCGACUCUGACAUAUGGCACCGUCAUCGAUGGGGAAAGCAACAUCUUCCUGUCAGCGGCAGACGGGGUCAGGAAGUUCGACAAGAACGGCACCAUGCUUUGGGAGUACUCGUCACUUCCGGCAGAGGUGAUCAAUGCUCCAUCGGUGUACGAUGGCAUGGUGUAUGUCAGUGACACAUACGGCGACGUCAUUGCCUUGGAUAUGCAGACAGGCCAUAAAGUGUGGAAAACCCAUGUGGCCGACGAAAUUGGACAGGACAACGGUUUCAACAUGGUUCAUGCAGGUGUUGCACUUACGGCAUGUGACUGGCGCUUUCCCUCUCCAAACCUCCAGGCCAAUCAGAAGGUGAAGGGCCUUAACGCGAGCACAGGCGAAGAGUUGUGGACAUUCAAGCCAGACACCGCUGUUUGGAACUUCUUGCCCCUCUUUGUGGACGACAGCUCCUUUGUCUUCCAGGACAUGACUGGAAAGGUCUACCGCCUGGAGGUGGGCACGGGGUCUCUCAUGUGGAAGAACGGUGGAAGGAAUGACACCUGGACCGAUGGAAGUGCGGCAGUUGGCCCAAACGGCUUGGUCUACGCAGUGAAUAACAACCAGCCCGUCUUCAUGAAGUCCGAAUACAGCCCGGGAACGCUCAGUGCCUACAAGAUCAGUGAUGGGGAGCUGGUGUGGCAGGUCACGACGCCACGGCCGCCGAACAACGCCCCAGCCGUUGGGGCGGUCAAGAACCUCCCGGGCAACUCUGUUGUCAUGCCCUUGUGCCAGCAAGUCUUGCCGGGAGCAACGUGCGACGUCCAAGUCUACGAUGCAGAGACGGGCGCCCUUCGAUGGAUCUUUCAUGGGCCAACCCAAACAGGACUCCUCCAGGCUGGUGAUAUGGAGGGAUACAUCGCCCGGACCCAGCGUGGGGUCCGCUCCAUGUGCCUGCCAAACGGAUGGAGCGCCCCCACGAUUGACGCGGAGGGCACUGUCUUUGUGGGCAACGAGGAGGGUAACUUCUAUGCCCUGCGGGACAUGGACGGUGAUGGGGUGGUCUUUGGAUUGGAAGAGGUCGUGCAGUAUGACACGAAGUCAUCUUUCUCUGGCUCCUCCAGCCCAGCUGUUGCCCCAGACCUUCUGGCAGUAGCUUCUUGUGAUACUCUCUUCGUGUUCAAAGGUUGA